AUGUAUGUGAGAGUUAUUGAUUCUAACGACGUAGACCGCAUGUCUGCCGCUCUUAAAGAGUUGCAAGACGCGCUGUUCCGCAAUUUAGUAAGCAACGCGAUGAUGCGGAUUGCCAAGCAGGCAGCGCUGUCAGCUAUAGCCAAAAUUGCUGAGCAGGCAGCUCAGCAGCAGGCGACUUCACGUGGUGGAUCCUUAUUCUCCACAACACGUCACUUGUUGUUACGAGGUGGGAACGCUGGAGGAGCGCAUGGCCCGAGUAGUUGUGGCAGCGAUACCGAUCAUGCUGGAGCUGAUACUCCAACGGGUGUCUCUGUUCAGAAGCUAGCCCGCUUCUCGCUCGCUAACAACCAUGACGACUCCGCAAAUGCGCACCGUAGUGUCAUUAAUGGCGGGGAAAGAGUAUCGGAUGGAUGCAAUCGCACGGGAUAUAGCAGUUGGAGUGAUUCGGAAGUUGCAUUUUGUGCUGACAGUCGAAAUCGAGGCCAAAUCUCUUCGAGUAGUGGAAGCAACAAUGGCGGCCUGAUGAAAAAGUUUCAGGAUCGCUUUUCUUUCAGUAGCACUAGACAUCGCCCACGAUAUGUGCGUCUUCGCAGGAAUGGACAGUCAGAAGAGGAGAUCAAAAAGAUGGAGCUAAAUUUGGACACUAUCAGUGGAGGCUUUGACGAAGUAAAGCGGAAGUGCGCUUUGUUCUUGUAUGACGUCGAAGAGGUAACUCAUGUGGCACCUUCACAAAUUAGCAUUUUGGCGUAUCCAAGCAAACAGCCGCUAAGAGGAAAGACUGAUCGGAGUGCGCUGACAAAGCUUGUAAAGUCUGACUCAAUUUGCAUUGUUGAUAUUGGCGCAAAAUGCGAUAUUCCGAAAUAA